GCUAGUUGAAUGUGCUUGUUGAUUUGCUGCAAGACAGGUGCUCUGCUGCCUGAACUACAAAGUGCAAAGCAGGCAGCCGGGUUGUCCAAUAUCUCGACUUUCCAUGGGAUGAUCCAUGAAUAUUCAGGGAAGUUUGAUGCAUGUGUGGCGCUCCAUGCAUGCGGGAAGGCUACGGACGAUGCACUCAAGAAGGCUUUCCAGCUUAAAGCUGCGUACAUCAUGUCUCCGUGCUGUGUCGGCAAACUGAAUCGGGUGCAGGGCUGGCGACAGACGUCAUGCUCUGGGAAAGAAGGCCAUUGUUGCGGAAACAUUAUCGACCAGGGUGAGUGGGGUGAUCAACAGCCAGGGUCGGAUGCAGUUGUUGGCUCAGGCAGUGACCAGUCAGAAGGCAGUGUCGCCUCAGCUUCAGCCAGGGAGACGGAGACCUAUGGAGCGCCACAAAGUACAAAUGCAGGUGCUUAUCGAGAUGAACGCGUCACCAUAUCAGCAGGAGCAAAGCUGCUGACUUUAUCAGUUUGUCGUGACCUGCAAGCGGAAGCUAGCAGUUCAUCCUGUUCGAGUUCCAAUCUUCCGGAUGCUGGGCACGGAGGCAGACAGGAUAUCGAGUCUCCUUGUGACAGUCUGCUAACGCGUAAGCUCGAUGGGUUCUGUGAAGAGAUGGCUGCUUCACUGUGCAGCGGGUCUAGCAUUUCGGGCAGUACAAAAACUCUCUCCUCUCUGAGCCUGGACGGUGAUGUAUCGAUGCCAAACUUGGGGAAGACAGCAGAUACUGGCAUGGACAAUAACACGACGUCGCUUCCAGAAUCUUCAUUCCGUGAGCGUUUAGGGUCUAGUGUUUCGGGGCAUGCAGAAACUCUCUCCUCUCUGAGCCGGGAUGGGGACGCAUUGAUGCCGAACUUGGGGAAGAUGGCGGAUAUCGGCAUGGAAAACAACAUGACGUCGCUUCCAGAACCUUCAUUCCACGAGCAUGGAGAUUCUGUCGGAGACAAGGGUAUUGGGAACAGCCUUUUGGGAAAGAAGGCCUCUGAUGGGCCCAUUGGAAACGAAAGCAUGGUCCCGCUUCCCCUUGCCCAUGGAACUGCAACAUCGUCAGGAAGGUCAAACUUUGACGGUUCGUGUUUGACUGAUGGGACGGGUCUCCCGCAAUCAAGAUGGUUGAGGCGCGCAGUGAGCCCUGCUCAGUUCUCGCUGAUCGUGCAGAUGGCUG